CAUCGUUAUAAAUACAGCCCGGAAGACAUGGCUCAGAUUGGCAUUAAAAAGCAAGGGUGCAUGUGUGGGAAACUGGCGUUGAGUUGGUUACAAACGUAAAGAAAGAUGAAUUUCCUGUUGAAAACACAGAAAGACAGCCAGGUUUAUAUGGCAUCCCACUGACACAGAAAGGGAUUCCUCUUCUUAGCCACAUCACUACAAUCACCAUGUCUCAUCGAGGGCCUUUAACGGCUGUCAUAACCACGGUGUUAGGGGCGACCCUAGGUGGACUUCUCAUAUGGAGAGUUUACCGGACGAAGAGGAAGAGGCUGCCUUUCAACCAGAAGGCGGCUGAACCUGUGGAAGCUUCACAUCCGGUGGAAAAGACGUUUCCAGCUGUGGAGUGUAAAGAAUCAGACCCUCCACACGUACAAGAGAAAGUGUGUAAAGCCGUGGAGUGUCAGACCUCUCAGCUGCUCCCUCCUGUGCAGAUACCAUCGUCGGAGCAGCUGCUGGGGGUGAAACCAGUGAUGGUGAGCUCUGAAGAAGAGUGGCAGCAGCUGUGGCCGCUGAUACAGGAGGAGCUGUCAGUCUUUCCUGUGCUGGGGCUCGACUGUGAAUGGGUAAAGGCAGAAGGAGUGUCUGUAAAGGGCCGACCGUCGGCGGUCUCCCUCCUCCAGUUGGCCUCAUAUUCCGGUCUCUGCGUCCUGGUGAGGCUGCUGCCGUUCCGUAAUGACCUGAGGACGUUCCCCCUCAGCUUAAUCGAAGUCCUCAGAGACCCCCACGUUCUCAAAGUUGGGGUCGGCUGCUAUGAAGACGGGAAGCGGCUGACGCGUGACUACGGUCUGUCGCUGACGUGUACAGUGGACCUGCGAUACAUUGCCUUAAGACAGAGGCAAACCAAAGUGAGUAACGGCCUGAGUCUGAAGUCUCUGGCAGCAGAUCUGUUGAAUGUUUCUCUGGAUAAAUCUCUGGAGCUGCGCUGCAGUGACUGGGAGGCAGAUCAGCUGACAAAGGAGCAGAUGACCUACGCCGCCAGAGAUGCCCAAGUUUCCGUCGCUCUCUUCCUCCGCCUCCUCGGCCUCCACACUGAAGCCGGGCCCGUCUCUUCCAGCGGGUGCUCGUACUCCGAGUUGGCGUCCCGCUGCCAGGGCCUGGUGGAUGUUCCCUUCAAGGGCCGAGGAGAUGUAGGAGACGAGCGGAACGCUGAUGGAGAGAGAAGGCGAAGGACGCGGAAACCGCCCGUUUAUGAAAGCCCCGAGUCUGGAGAUCAGCAAGUCCCAGACCCUCGAAAGAACAACAAGAGGAAACCGCUGGGUGUGGGCUACUCCGCCAGGAAGUCUCCUCUCUAUGAUAACUGCUUCCUUCAUGCUCCAGAUGGCCAGCCUCUGUGUACCUGUGACAAGAAGAAAGCCAAAUGGUACCUAGAUAAAGGAAUAGGAGAGCUGAUGAGUGAAGAACCCUUCAUUGUGAGGCUGCUGUUUGAACCGUCAGGACGUCCCGACUCCCAACAGGACUACUAUCUCACUGCUAAAGAGAACCUCUGUGUCGUCUGUGGGAAAGCAGAUUCAUACAUCCGGAAAAACAUCGUACCGCAUGAGUACAGGCGACAUUUCCCCACCGAGAUGAAGGACCACAACUCCCACGACAUCCUGCUGCUCUGCACCAGCUGCCACGCAGCCUCCAAUGUCCACGACGGCUUCCUGAAGCAGCAGCUGGCUGAGGAGUUCGCCGCCCCUCAGGGCUGCGAGGAGGGCGUCCGCCUGCUGGAGGACUCGGACCGACGGAAGGUCCGUUCUGCAGCCCGCGCUCUGCUCACAGCCGGGACUUUGCCGGAGCAGCGACGAGACGAGCUGCAGGGUUUGAUCAAGAACUUCCUCAACGUGAACGAGGAGGAGGAGCUGACAGACGACACGCUGCAGCAGGCUGCCGGGUUGGAGACGAGGAUAUUCAACGAGGCGUACGUUCCUCACGGCCUGAAGGUGGUUCAAGCUCACGCCGAGGACGGCCUGAAGGGUCUGAUGGACCUGGAGCGGCGCUGGAGGCAGCACUUCCUCACCACCAUGCAUCCUCGACACCUCCCUCCCCUGUGGUCUGUCGACCACAACCACAGCAAGUUCCUCCGCAAGUACGGAGCGGACCUGCCGAUCAAACUCAACUGACGGCAUGUCGGUGGCGUUGGGACCAGAAGCUGCUACAGACCGAGGCGAGAGACUCUGUUUCCUCCACAGCCACUCGUUCUUUUUUUACAAGAGAAGUUUCUCUUUUAAUGAACUUUUGCACCGUUAAAGAUGUGAUGAACACUGGAGGACGUUUCACUCUUUUCUGGUGACAUGAAGAAUCAAACUGACUUGUUUUGUAGAGAGAGGAUCGUUUUAUUAUGAACUUAAGUUAUUUAACACUCUGCCCUGCUUUAGUUUUCACUCUAUUGUCUGUUUUAAGUCAAUAGAUGGAAGGUGAGAAUCCCUGAAGCCUGUUGAAGCCACUCUCCAUCUUUGCCCUGUUUCCUUUUCUAAAAGAGGCGUUUGGUUCCAAGGUGCCUUUGGGCUCCGUCUCACACCUUUAGUCUGAGUGAUACCGCAGGAGAUGAUUUCCACAUGGUGAAGUUGGCUCGUUAUUUUCAUCAUUUAAUCUCCUGAUGUUUCUGCCCUGCUGCUGAUUCUCCUGACGGUCGGGGCUCCUCAUGGCUCGUGUUUUAACGUGCCUCUUAAUCCCUGAACCUGACUGGAGACGAGUCCCCGCAGCAGGACGCGACCUUGUUUCAGCCGUUUUCUCCACGACGUCGUUUUACAGAACCCAAACUGCACAGAGACGAAGACGUGCCAACGAUCAUGAAAGUAACCUUAACACUAAAGCCUCUCUCCAGCACAUUUAUCUUUUUAAAGCGUGAUAAAUUUAUUUACAACACAGCUGCUUCGACUUUACUCCUGAUAAAAGCCUGACAGCUGUUUUCCUAAAAUGUGAAUGAUAAAAUAAUAAAGUAAUAUUUGUAUUAAUG